CGCCGGGCACGUCGAUUGCCCGCCCGCCCCCCCUCGCCACACCAUGGUCCCCCUCGCCACACCACGGUCCGCCUCUCCACUCUUCUCUGCAAGAACUACCGCGGGGGCCACCUAACCAUCCGCCUUGCUCUCGGCGGCUGCACCAACCGGCCCUUUUACCGCAUUCUUGCUGCUCACAACCAAUAUCCCCAGGACGGGCAUUUCGUGGAGCAGUUGGGCUCCUAUGACCCGUUGCCCAAUAGCCAUGGAGAAAAGCUCGUUGCUCUCAAUCUGGACAGGAUUCGGCAUUGGAUCGGCUGUGGGGCUCACCUCUCUAAACCUAUGGAGAAACUUCUCGGUCUUUCUGGUUUUUCCCCUCUGCAUCCUAUGAUGAUUACAAAUGCUGAGAGACUGCGAAGGAAACGAGCGGGUGAAGUCCUCUUAGCUUCUCAGAAAACAGAAGCUGAGGCUCCAGAAACAGAAAUAAGCUGACUUCAGUGAACAUAGUGAUUACAAGGUCAAAGA